CAGGAGCUUUGCAGGCAUAAAAACAAUAAGUAUUAACUAAUAAUUCUUCUGAGAGUCAUCAAAAUUUUAAAAACUCGUUACUCAAUUAAAAUCAAGAAAUCAGGCAUUUUUUUGACACUGAUAAUUUUUAAGAAGAAUAAUUUUCAUACAAGAAAACUGUAGUUUUUAUUUUCAUUUUACUUUGUUAAUUAAGCUCUGGACAAAAAUUCAUCUCUAAUAUCAACUUAUCCGCGAGAAACGUGCCAAUUAUUUUUCAGCCGCACUUAUAUUUUCUUGUUUGAAAUACUUCGUUAUUACACCUUCGAAAAUCUUAUCAUUGCUUAGCCCCAGAUUUGUUUCAACAGAUAAUAAAUUCAAAAUGUCAUUCCAACCAAUACUUUCAAAUAACACAACAGAAACAGGGCCAGUUUUGAACUCAAAUUUGUCGCAGUUCGAGUCCGUUUUUUGGUUCAGCCCUUUAGAAUGCACGACUAUUGGCAUCGGUUUUUACUCGGCUGCUCUCGUCGGAUCUUUUCUUAACACUUCGGUUCUAGUCGUGCUUUGUCACGUUCUGUUUCGCGACAUUCGCAAAUCAGGUUCGGAUUUCUUAAUUGCUGUGUUGACCUCUCUUGACCUCUGCGCCACAACUGUCGUGUUCGUUCUCGAAGGAGCUCAUUUCAUGUCUCCAGCUUGCAACGACGGACCCUCGGAAUUCAUGUUUGUCGUCACGUUUUUCCUCGAAACAUCCUCUGCUCUGUCAUUGCUAAACAUCGCUUUAUUUCGAUAUUCCAAAAUCUGUCUUGUAAACGUUCUUAACAUCGACUUCAGACAAACUUGUAAUAUGACACUGGCAAACGUCGCAGCUUCGAUAGUUGCGACGAUUCUUGCAGUGUUAUGCAAUAAUCCCAAAUGGAGUCGACUUUCGAUGCUCAUUUACCUGUCGACUAUUUUCAUUGUUUUCAUCCUAAUGGGAAUUCUCUACUUAACCGCUUACUUGUCUCUUCGUAAACGAUCAAAUCAAGCGCGACUGCGGAACGCUAGAAGAGUCAACUUCGCCAAGUUAUCUAACGUGACUACCGCGACUAUACCUGUUGACGACAUCAAUGGAAACGGCGGCGGGCAUUUAGUUGAACACAAAGUGCCCGAGGACGAAAACGAAAAGCUGCAGAUGAGUUCAAAUAAAUUGAAAGUGUCGGUUGAAAUGCAGCAAGGGGGAUCCAAGGAGCCCGGGGGUUCCAGAGGAUCCCAGAUCUCGACAAAAGAAAAUUCUCCGGCAAAGACAGCGAUCGAGCUGAUGACUGAGCGAUCGGCUAAAGUGUUCAUCGUAAUAACGCUGCUGUAUGUGUUUUGUUUCAUGCCCAACGCUACUCUGACAUUCACCCUGCUCCAGAUGGGUCCGAAAAAGUUCUUCCGGAUGUCACUGCCUGUCGUUGCGCAGAUUGCGAUGAAAUAUUGCAACCUCUUCUACAACUUCAAUUUUCUCGCAAUGCCAUUGGUGUAUGCUAAGUUGAACAAGCGUUUCAUGAACGAGGGACAUGCAUUUUGCCGACUGUAUCUGCUGCCCUAUUGGUCGAGUAUUCCUAUUCUGGGUUCAAUUGGCCGAAAAAGAGAACAGCCGAUACGAAUGGGAUUGGAUAAUGCGGGAACCGCAACAAACGCAAGCUUGUAUACGAAAACGUCGAAUGUGAUGAAUCAGCAAAAACUAAUGAUGUCUUCUAACUGCUAAUUUUAUCUAACACGAAUGUUCCGUGCCCCACAAAAUAAAUAUGUGACAUUUGAUAGCAAUUUUAUGGGAUUGUACAAAAAUGAAAAAACAAUGUGUUGUUUUUUUUGCAUGAAUCAUUAAUACAGUUAUUACCUUAAUUCGAGUUAUUAAAGACAAAAUCAGAAAAAAAAUCCAUAUUUUUUAUGAAAUUCUAUUUCUGGCAAUUAUUGUGCAGAAAAACCAUGGUGUGUUUGAAAUUUCAUUUUAUUGUUAAUUUUUUAUCUAACCAGUAAAAGACUAUUCCAUGAUUAAUUUUUGUUAUAUUUGAUUAGUUUUUUCCAAAAUAUUAGGUGAACAGUUGGUGAAUAGUUUUGAGUAAAUUUCAUAUACCGUCUAGUUUGAAAAACCGCUUCAGUGUUGAAAAUUUAUUCUUGAUCAGAAAUAAUCCUUAUGAAUUGCAGAUUACUAAAUUUUUGACCAGGCUCAUCGUCUGUAUGAAUUGUGUGUACCAUCCAAAAAGUAAUUACUUAAUUUUGAUAUAGAUGUACAGUUUUAGUUACAAUAGUUAAAUUGCAUCACUAUUUUCAGUUGUGCGAAUAUUCUAGUACAUUUGUAUAUUAUCAAACGGGAAAGUGUUCA